UAGGUGUUUAAAAUGUGUAACAAGAGAUCAGAUGCACCUCAAAUACAUCGCAGCACCUGGAACCAAACAAACCGCGUGAGCUGAUUCUUGCGUUCUCUUGCGUGCGUGUAGCCUGCGUGCUUGUAGGGAGGCCACUCUGCUGUGUUCGUCUCUGUCUCUUGGUAUUCAUUCUUGACAUCUGUUCAAAAAAGUAUACCCAGCCUGCCGCCUUUGCUGAGCUACCCUCGAGAGCUCUAUGUCCCCAACGACGUCGUGUUCCCUGUCCGACGGCGGUCCACUUGUCGAGCUGCCUCUAUUGAUCUAUUAUUGGAUCAACCGCUUACAGCUCGAAAAAGCGACCGAAGAAAAGCCCAUAGGUCGUCUGCUGAACUCCUAUCAGCAAGCGGCAUACCUACGCAUCUCGUCGGGCGUUGGCUAUGUACCAAUAUGCGACCGAACUUGUUACACCCGACCCCUCCAUCCGCCACAUGAUCAGCAACAUCUCUCACUUUCGAGGCCUGUACGACAUCUACACCAAGCUCAUAAUUGUGCAGGAUGUCUCUCAGGUAGUGUCCGAUCUAUGAUUGAGUGACGACGGGAGGCCUCAAGAACAGGCUUCGUUACGUUGCCUAAAACAAGAUGAGGAUAGGAUACCGACCUGUCGACAUGAUCAUACAGCUCAUCUCGACUUCCUCCGAACGUCCCAUUCGGGUGUGCCCUCGGACUAUGUAUCUGAGUCUAUGAACGUUCUUGUGAGUUCAACAUCAAUGAUGCCGAGAACCGCGUGUAACGUUGGUGGAAAUGUAGGGGCGUAAGAACCAUGGUCUUACGUACCGGCGCACAUUGCCGUACGAAAAAACAACACAACGACGGAGAUAUGAGACGCAUGAG